AGAAACUUCUAUAGGCUAUAGGUUCUCAGUGACGCUUUGACUGUUACCCGAGAUGGUGUUUCCGGAGGCGAAGUACUAUAGAUACAAUCACAUGCUAUUGUCAUCGAUUGGACUCUGGCCCUACGAUAAUUCUAUCAUCGGACAAAUUCAAGUCGUAGUAUCACUACUAAUUUUUGGAUUGUAUAUAACAAUUCAGUUUAUGAGAUUACUCAUUCCGGAAUUCAACCUUGAUUUUUUUCUGGAAGCAGUAGCUCUUUUUUUCUUCAUUUUAGUGUGGUUUGUCAAAUAUAUUAGUUUAAUCCUUCUUAUCGGAAGUAUAAAACAAAUACGGAAAUGUGUCCAAAGUAAUUGGAAUAUUCUAUCCGAUAAUCGAGAAAUCGACAUAAUGCACAAAUAUGCCAAUAUUGGAAGACAAUGUACAAUAGCUAUAAUGAUUGAGGUCUAUGUUGGAUCUGUUUGUUUCAUUCUGACAGAAUUUAGUCCGGAUCUUCUUGAUACACUAAUGCCUUUAAAUGAAUCUCGCUCGCGUCUACUUCUGUAUCAGGCAAAAUACUCGAUCGUUCAGGAAAAGUAUCUUUAUACUGUAAUGAUACAUGAAAGCAUUGGCUUAUUCCUUUGUGCAACUACUGGAAUAGCUGCUGAAACAUUUUUAUUAGUAAACGCAUUACAUGCUUUCGGAAUGUUUAGAGUUACUCGUUACCGUAUGGAACGUAUGUUAAACGAAGAUGUUUCCCAAAUAUCUAUAGCUAAAAGUUAUAUUAUAUUCCAUGAUAAAAUAAUGGCUGCAGUGGACACCCAUAGAAGAGCAAUUGAAUUUUCGGAUUUAUUAAAGAAUAGCUUUGGAGUAUCGUACCUGUUUAUGGUUCUGACAGCUUUAAUUUCGGCCAUUGCUAGUCUUUUUCGUCUAUAUCGAAUAAUAACGAUGCAAGAGGACAAGAUUGAAACUGUAAAAUUAAUUCUUUACGUGUUCCCGGUUCUUGUGCUUAUAGUUAUAUGCAAUGUUCUUGGGCAAGAAUAUACAAAUAACGAUGAACUUGUCCAUCGAGCAAUGUAUGUA